GCCAAAAUUUCCCAAUUCCAAAUACUUUCGCGCUCCAUCAGCUAGUACUCUCGUAUAAUGUACUUCAGUCGGUUAGGCUAAAGAGCCUUAAGAAUGACAUCGUUAUACUCCCUCCGUAUGCCCUAAUCUCCGUCGCCGCUGUGAUUUUCCCUAAUCUGAUCCGUCACCUCGCUGAUUUGCCCUAAUCUUCCUCGCUCAGAUACAAAAGUUGCUCAUCUCCACGCUUAUUAUUCCCAAGGAUCUGAAACUAAAGUCGCUGCUUAAAGGAUUCUUAGAGAAUCGCCUCACUCGAUCAUCCGCAUCGUUCGGUCAUUCACUUCGCUGUAGCGUUCAUCUGGUUCCAUUAGCUACAUAUUCGUUGCUGGAUUGGUUAAGGGUCCUCUUGCUUAACUUGAUCCAUCUAUGAGUAGAUUUGAGAUUGUCGUUUGAUUUCUCAACCUUCUUGCCCUAGAUGUUGGAUUUCUAUGCUAGUGAAGUUCGGCUGAGAGGUGGGUAGUUGCUGUGGAAGUUAUAUUCUUUCUGAUCUGAGAAUUCUCAAGGCUUGUGAUAAUGCCAGUACUUUCUGAAUGCUGGUAGUUAACAGCAACACUCCUUGCCUCUGGCUGCACAUGAGAAGUUGAUACCCAUUUGAUGGAUAUAGAUACUAACCAUCAGCAGCCAAAGCAAGAGCGUCUGAGAACAAGAUGGACACCAUCUGUUGACAAGAUCUUUGCAGAACUAGUUGGUGAGCAGAUUAGGCUAGGAACAGACCAAACAAUGUCUUUGAUAAGAAAACCUGGAACUGUAUCUGCAAUAAGUUUAACAGACAAAGAAACCUCAAUUUCAACAACAAUCAGUUGAGGAAACACCUUGAUGUACUCAUGACUCGUUACUACUCUUUCAAGUCAUCUACUUCUGGUCAACAUGAUUCAUUGGCAGAUUGUUUUGAUGGUUUUGAUCUUUGGGAAUACAUAGGGGGUCAACUGAAACAAGAAACGGUUAAGAUUAAGGAAUGUCCAAUAUAUGAGGAAUUGUGUUUGAUUUUCGAAGAGCCUGAUGCUGAGGGGAAGUUUGUGCAGUCGAGUCACUAUGGAGAAUUGAAAAAAUCAGCAGCAGCAAUAGGAUCAUUCGUCUGUAGCAGAAAACCAAAAUACAUCACCUAUGACCCCAUCCCCUUUGACAUACUUCCCUGGUUGAUCGCCAAAGUCCAUGACUAAGACUAGAACAAAAAAGAAGUGAAAGCACCCCCGUGAUGCAGUUCCAGAUUCAGGUGACACUGUGACAAUUAUCGGGACAGUGAGAUGAUUAACGUUAUCUUGCAAACCUUGCAAGUUAUGAUAGCUUCAUCAAAGGUGGGGUCAAUUGGUGCCCCUCCCUAAUCUGACAAAAGAUUCAGUAUGAGUGUGUUAAAGCAUUGGAUGAUAGGGAAGGCAUAAACGACGUACAUUAUUAUCCACCUCUUGAGUUGUUUGAGGAUCUAAGUCUUAGAGAGAUGUUUCUCUCUCUCAAUGGCAGCAUACGUCUGACUUGGUUGCAGGGGAAACUUAAUUGAUUUUGCCUUGGGUUGACUGUUGAGCUAUGAUUCUACCAGGCUGGAAAAAUUCAAAUUUGUGAGAUAAUGGAAAAAGACUCUUCACUUUGUAAUGUUGAGUAAAGGUAGCACAAAAAGUUUUAAAGUCGAAGUCCCAUGGUUGAGUUGUGGAGGAGGAAUGAAGUGUAAAGAUAUAAUUGGACCACAACCUAGUGAUAAAGCAACAUAAUGUUUCCAUCCCUCUUCUUAGAGUGUAAGAGUGGAUCACAAGGUGUUUAAAGAUGAGAAAUUAGAGCAGUGCCGUCAAAUUGUUACUUUGUGACCACUUCUCUAUAUAUUUCAUGAGACGUGUUUGACAACAAAGGUAGGGAUAAUCGUCCAGGUCUUAUUGUGAAAGAAAAAGCUGCCCCGCCACAGCAGACAUGUUGCUUCCUCUGUCGUUGUAGGGGAACUCUUGGCGAGGAGACCUUUGGAGAAGUUGCUAAGACAAACGGGAUGGGAGGAUCGACCUGUUCAGUAUAAUUCCGAAGAAAGACUGUUGGCAGCAGGUGGAGACAUUUUGUUCCCCUUCAAAAGGAAAUGCGGACAAGGUCGGCAGAGGGUUUGAGAAUAGGGUGGGGUCCUGUCCUUGAAUGAUUAUGAGGAUGAUUACUAUAUUGUAUCAACUUACUAUAUUGUUAUAUGUAAAUAGUAAAAGAUUAUUAAUUUGUUUAUUGUGGAAUUUAUUAGAAGAUUAGAAGUUUGUUGUUCAAUGUACAAGUAUUGAAUUUAUUUCAUGUAUUUAUAAUCAAUUACAAAAUAUUUUAUUAAUAUUAUAAA